AUGUCGAGGUUGUUGGAGAGCCAGGGCAAGUACGAAGACCCAGACCCCUUGUUGUUGCGGGUCCUGGAAAUUCUGGGUGCAACAGUCGGCAGAGAGCACCCCAAAUAUGCUUCAGCGCUCAACAACCGGGCGGGGUUGUUGCGACUGCAGGGCAAGUACGAAGAAGCAGCCUCCCUGUUACUGCGGGUCCUGGAAAUUCUAGAUGCAAAAGUAGGCAGAGAACACCCCACCUAUGCUACAGCGCUUAACAGCCGGGUGGGGUUGUUGAAGCUGCAGGGCGAGUACGAAGAGGCGGACUCCUUGAUGUUGCGGGUCCUGGAUAUUCUGGGUACAACCGUAGGCAGAGAACACCCCAGCUAUGCUGCAGCGCUUAGCAACCGGGCGGAAUUGUUGAGACUGCAGCGAGCUGCUUGA